AGGGGUGAGAAGCAUAAAUGUGCGUGUGUUUCUGCAGAGGAGGGGGCAUGGGCCCCUGCCGGGCUGCGCAGGGGAGGGUGGGGUGGGACUUUUCCAGAGAGGGAGCCAGGCCUGGCCCGGGCCCCGGGAGCUCACGUCACCCCCACCCCUCACUUCUCCAGGGGACUGCCAAAGCCAAACCCAGCUCGGGACGGGAUUAUGUGUACUGGGUAGACCCGUGGAGAGGGGCGGCGAGAAGAGAUCUCGGUGGCAGAGAGAAGCAGAGGCAGAGAGGGCAUGAAGAGGGGUCGGCAUCAGAGAAGGGGCAGGCAGUGACUAUCACCCCAUUUCUUCUUCCCUCAGCUGGAGUAACAAGAGUCAGGCAGAGCCUGAAGACUUGGGUGGAACAUGGGCCCUUCUCUGGAGAUCCUGGCCUCCUCCGUUCAGUCAGGGUGGAGUUGCUGACCUUAGUGGCUGGCCCAGCCAGGGGAAGGAGUGGCCAUCGGCAACCCCCACCCCAACCCCAAUCGCUGAGGCGCCCGCUCUGGCUCAGCCACUCUGACCCCUCCCUCAAAUUCCGAACCCUAGGUCUCAGGGAGGGCAGUGGGGCUGGGUGUCUGCCCCCAGGCACAUUCCUACCCUUCUCUUGGUCAUUUUCUGCCCCAGAGCUGGCCCACCUCAGCAAUGCGAGGGCUCCCUGGAUUCCUCUCCCGGGUGCCUUUCAGAUCCAACAGAAACAGAUUUUUUUUUUUCCUGGAAAGCAGAACUAA